AAAAAAGGUUCCGAAGGAAUAUAAUAUCUUCUUCUGUGCAUCUUACUCAAUCUUUCCUUUCUCCUUUUCUUUACUCGACGGGAAAGUUCAGGGAAUAUCUUCUUCUUCUUCUUCAUUGAAUGAAUAAGGUAAAUAGAGAGAGGUCAUAAAGGUGUUCCGGUUCAGGAAAUGGAAUUGUGAAACAGGUGAAUGAGCGAAGCAACGAGCUCGACCGAGAGGGAGAGGAGCGAGAGAACAUGACCUCGAGACAGUUUCGCGCCACAGAGCGGGAGUUCAACCACAAGGUAAAAAUGAGAAAAGAGAGACCAACUCGUGAGGACUAGAAGGAUUCUGGUGCACGAGCUAGAGGACGUGAGCUGCACAAUAGAUAUACUUUGUUUUGGUGGAACGGGUGGGGAUCUGAAAUUCCUCGCUCGUAAACAGGCCUCCAUUGAAAAUGAGAACUCCCGGUUCUGGAUGGAAUUGGAAACCCAGUUCCAACAACUAUUUCCCCCCGACAGAGGGUGAAUGUAGGUGUAGGCCAGACCGCUUGGUUCGAGGACCCGUUGGUCAAAGGGUAGGUCCUGAUGCCGGGACGGAGCCGUAUGACAGGAGAGUGUAUACUCUGGAACUCCGGGAGCGAGACCCUAAAGUGAAAGAAGCUAUUCUGAGUGGUCAACUCUGAAAAGAAAGAUGGAAAGAGGGGAGUUGGCUGAUAAAGAUGGACAGUUACGAUUGCGUAAUAUCAAUUUCUCGGCCUCGUCAUCGAAAGCGGCUUCCAAUUGCUCGGAAAUUCUCAGCUAUAUGGGCGGCUUGGAUGGUGAGCAAAAACAAUUGAUCAAGAAGUUGGUCAACUUUCGCAUGAAAGAAGGUAAAAGAACGAGAGUUCGUGCUAUUGUUUAUCAAACUUUUCAUCGCCCAGCUCAAACUGAACGCGAUGUAAUCAAACUGAUGGUUGACGCCGUAGACAAUAUAAAGCCCAUAUGCGAAGUCGAAAAAGUAGGAGUAGCAGGUACUCUUUAUGAUGUCCCUGGGAUUGUAGCCAGGGAUCGUCAACAAACCUUAGCUAUUCGUUGGAUCCUUGAAGCAGCUUUCAAACGACGUAUAAGCUACAGGAUAAGCUUAGAGAAAUGUUCAUUUGCUGAGAUACUUGAUGCUUACCGAAAGAGGGGAAUUGCACGUCAGAAAAGGGAGAAUCUUCAUAGACUGGCUUCCACCAAUCGAAGUUUCGCGCAUUUCAGAUGGUGGUAAAGUCAAGUGAGACCACAUAAAGAGCUCUUCCUCAUUCAGUCAGAUUAUUCAGUAAGAUAUGGUAUGGUUUGACCCUUUUUCUUUUCAUCUUCAUAUAGAAAGCCUGCCUGACUCAUACUCCUUUCAUUGAGUUGGAGGAAUCCAUAGGAGGCCCGCCCCCGUUAUGCAUUGCAUGAAAGAACCUUUCUUUGUAUGACUCUUCUCUUUUGCCUCACUCAGGUCGAAUGAAUACGACGAAAGGGAGAUCCAUACCCAAAUAGGCCAUGAAUGAAGAAGUAGUGGGCCUUUCACUCUCUUUCUAGUGACUCGGGGAGCUGAUCUGAGAAAUGCACUUCAAAGGGAGGGAAGCUAGGUUUCCCAUGUUGGUAUGGCCGGGCAUAAAGGUGAAGUUAGGUCAAAAGAGGUAGAGAGAGAGAACAGAACGGAACCGAUAGCCCCGAAUUCUGUCGGAAAAGGCAAGAGAAAGAAAAGUCAGGACUCUCUCCGCAUACCUCUCAUUCAUUUGGGCAAACAAAAAGGCAGUGAAGGUUUCUUUCCUCACUUGAGUAGAAAGCUUUGAAGAAAGGAGGAUAUCCUGAGCCAAGCACAAGCAGUAAGUAGGUCGAUCAGAGUAAUGAAGUUGGAUCAAGAAAGAAGGCCGAAAGCCAGGCAGUCAAGCUCACGUUGUCGACACCUCUUGUCCUGAGUGAUUUAUGUGUAAAGAGGGGUAGAGCAUCUCAUCUCUUUCCUCAA